AAGGACUGAAGGCCGAGGGAAGGUGAUGUCAGCUGAGUUCAGAAAGUAAACAGAGUUCCAGACUGCAGCAUGCUGUCUGCCGGACGAGGACUGCAGCUGGGGCAAACCCACAGGGGCAUGCACACUAUCCCCUGGACCAGCACCUUUAUCUCUGGGAAGGAGGGAUGGUUCCUCUACAUUUUCCCCUUCAUCCUUAUCUCCCUACCCCAUGGGACAGCCUGGCCCUACGAUUACAGGUAUUUGUACAACCAUUGCCCAGGCCCAGAGUGGAACGUUAUGUGCAGAGGCUGCUGCGAGUAUGAUGUGAUCCGCUGUAAAUGCCCCUUGCAGGGGACUCCGGUGGGCUAUGCUGUGCCCUGCUGCCGCAACGCCAUCAAUGAGUGUGACCCCUGCAUCAUCCAUCCAGGUUGCAGUAUAUUUGAGAACUGUAAGCGUUGUAACAAUGGGACAUGGGGCCCCAGGGAUGACUUCUUCAUUAGUGGCCAAUACUGCGCUGAGUGUCGGCCUGGCUGGUCUGGUGGAGAUUGCAUGAGGUGUGGAGGAGUGAUCCACAAACGGCAGGGCCACUUGGUGCUGGAGAGUUACCCAAACAACGCUCGGUGUGAGUGGACUAUUCAGGUGGACCGUCCCUUUACCAUAGAACUCAGGUUCAUGAUGCUGAGUUUGGAGUUUCACCAUUCUUGUCGUUACGACUUCGUGGAAGUCCGAGAUGGUGACAGCAUCAACGCGCGUGUAAUAGGUCGAUUCUGUGGGAACAACAGACCUGCCCCAGUUCAGAGCUCCGGCAACAGUCUGCACAUACUCUUUGUGUCAGAUGGUUACAAGAAUUUUGAUGGAUUCUUUGCCACUUUCCAGGAGAACUCAGCUUGCAGUUCCUCUCCUUGCCUGCAUGAUGGGACUUGUAUCCUGGACAGUUCUUACACUUACCAUUGUGCCUGUUUGGCUGGCUACACAGGGAAGAGGUGUGAAAAUGUGGUGGGAUGCCACAGGCCUCCAGUGCCCACCCAUGGAUCCACAGAGGGUUUGUUCCAUCACUCCGGGGCUCGCAUCACUUUCCGUUGCGAUCCUGGCUACGAACUGCGGGGGGUUCAUACUGCCAUCUGCCUGAGUGAUGGCACAUGGAGUGCUCCUGCCCCAGAGUGUGUGCCAGCGGAAAGAGUAUGUGCUUUACCAGCCAAGCCAGCAAAUGGGGACCACUUCUUGGUUUAUGGACCCAAUGAUGUCCUUAUUGCUCUACAGUACCUGUGCUACCAGCCCUAUGAACUCAGUGGAAACUCCCAGAGAACCUGCCUCCCCAACAACACCUGGAGUGGGACUCCUCCUGUUUGCACCCAAGUGAACAAUACCCUAACUGAAGCAGAAAAGGACAAAGACAAGGCAAAAGGAACAGAUAUAUACAGUGACAAAGACAUCUCCAAAACUAAAGAAAAAGGUCAAGAGAACACAGCUGGAGAAAAAGAAAGUGCUGGGGGGAAAGACUUUGGGCACAAAAAUACAACAGGAGUUGAAAGAGAAGAUAAAUACACUGGUACCAUUCCAGAGAAAACUACGUCUGAGGGUAGGAAUGAAGAAGAGCCUGAGGAAAGCAAUACUGGGUCAGAGAAAUCCACUGCAAGCAGCAAAGACAAAGUGGAUAGUAAAAGCCCAGACAGCAGCCUGAAUACAGUUGAAAACAAAGAACCUGAGGUAGGAACAACACCUGAGAAAAAACAAGACGGCCUAGACACAAACUUUGAGAAAGGAAAGACUGAUAUCACAGAGAUAAUUGUGAUAAAGGACAAAGGACAAGAAGAGAACGAAAGGAAAGAGAAACAAGUGAAUGGAAAAAGAGAUCCAGAUAAAGUCGGCCCAAAUGAUACCAAGCUGAGGACGGUCAAAACUGAGAGUGAAAACACAGUGGAGAUUUUUGAACUGGAAAUGACAAAGAACAACACAGUUGUACUUGAUACAAAGGACACAAAGAGAGAAAAUAAUAGUGUUAGUUCUUCAGACCCAGGAGGGAAAAUCAUUUUCACUAAAGUCAACAUUACACAGUACAGAGCAGGAGGUGAGGAAAGUGGGAAACCAAAAGAAAAACUAACAACUAAAGAGGACAAGACAAAGAAGGUUUCUCCUGAAAAAACACAGGAGGAGUCGGAGGAGCAGAGGGAGGAAAAAGAAAAAGAAAAGGAGAAAGAAGCCAACCAAAGCUUCACCGAGAAAGGCUGCCCACCACUGCCUCGCCUGUAUCAUGGCUACCACCAGCUGGUGCCCGGGCUGGAGCCUGAAACAGUGCAGUUCUUCUGUAACCACUCCUACGCUCUCAGUGGUGAUGCUCAACGUACCUGUCAGCCAGAUGGUACCUGGAGUGGCAACCAGCCCCUCUGUGUCAGAGCAUGUCGGGAGCCCAAAGUGUCAGAGCUGGUUAGACAAAGAGUCCUGUCGCCCCAGGUACCAUCCAGAAAGACACCUGUGCAUAAGCUCUACUCCUCUGGGCUUGGACGACAUCUCCAGUCAGGCAGCCCAACUAAAGGCCCCACAGUGCUUUCCCAGUUGCCCCAGGGCUUUCACCACCUUUACACACAUAUAGAGUAUGAGUGUGCCUCUCCACUCUACCAGCACUAUGGGAGUUCUCGUCGCACUUGCUUGAAGACUGGGAAAUGGAGUGGACGUCAUGUGUCCUGUUCACCAGUGUGUGGGAAGCAUCCAACCUUUGACCCAGAGAGGCCAGCAGAGGCUCACUGGCCUUGGCUGGCAGCCAUCUACCGCCGUUCCACCAACGGAGCUGAGACAAAGGUGACCAAGGCAGACAGCCAGCUAGGGUCUCUCAAGAGGGACGACGAAGCAGGAACUGGCAACCACAAUCAGGCCUCUGACUGGCAGCUAGUGUGCAGCGGUGCUCUGGUGAACCAAAGGAGUGUGGUUGUUGCAGCGCACUGUGUGACAGAACUGGGGAAGGUGUAUCCUUUGGAUGCAGCCAAGAUCAAGGUGGUGGUGGGGAAGUACUACCGUGAUGACCACAGGCAAAGUAAAGGUCUUCAGCACCUGAGGGUGGCCUCCAUUGCUGUUCAUCCAAACUAUGACCCCCAUAUUCUUGACUCUGACGUGGCUGUGGUCAAGUUACUGGACAAAGCAAGGAUCGGGGACAAGGUCCUGCCCCUAUGUCUCUCAGACAGUCAGGAAGAAGAGGUGACCGCUGAACAAGGGCUUGUUACAGGCUGGUCUCUACUGCCUGGAUCAAGUUUAGGUCCUGAUGAGAAGGCAAGGGUUGGACUUGUUCACCUUGCUCAUGUAGUCCCAUGUGAGCAGCAGUAUGCUCGUAACGGUGUGCCAGUGAGUGUCACAGACAAUAUGCUCUGUGCCAGCCAGAAGCCUGACUAUGGACAGUCUAACAUAUGUCCCUCUGACACGGGGGGAAUCCUUGUGCUCCCUGCCCUCUCUGAAUACCAAGCCAGCAACAACCAGAAGUCAUCUCUAAGCUUCACAGAGGUAAAGGGGGAGAACAAAGGGUUGUGGAGACUUCUGGGACUGGUGAGCUUUGGCUAUGACCAAGGAGAGUGUGAUCCUGAGCUCUACACUGUCUACACACAUGUAGCCAACUUCAAAGACUGGAUAGAAAGCAAUAUGAAAUGAAAAUCCUACUGUCUGACUCACCUUGUCCUUCCUUAUGCUUCUAAAUAUUUAAAUGCCUUUAUAUCUUCCAUCCUUCUCCCUUACCUCUUUGUUUUAUGCACAAGGGCAUUUUCUUACUCAAUGCAGAGGCACUGGAAAACACUGUACACCACAGUGCUCUAACUGAAGGGGGUGCUAAAACAUUAGAUGUGCUGGGCAUCGACCUUUCAUCAUAAGACUAUAGUGUUCAGGUCCCUCAGCCAGAGGUUACAGACUUGAAAAUGAUCAGAAAAAAUCACCAUCAAGCCUCUUGAUGAUGUGGUUUGAAUUGUACUCAUUGGUAUGUAUAUAUGUUGUAACGUAUUGAAUUAUUCUAUCAGUUCAUAUGUCGAAGAAGAUGUACAUAUUGUAUUGAAAGACAAAAAAAUCAUGAGGUUUUUAAUUAAAGAAAAUGUGGAUGUGGUAAA